UCUAUAAAAUAAAUAAAUAUUAAAUAAUAUUAUGUAUAUUGUAACAUUGUAACUACUUUAGUUACUAGUGAAUAACGAUAGCCUAUAGUAUAAGUAGAAGGUACCUACUUAAGAUAUUACUAUAAGAUAUUGUAAUAGCCAUUUUUUAAGUAAAGUAGUAAAACGUUCCUUGUUAAAAAAAAUAUACGAUUCCAUUGUUGCUAUCAAACGAAAUUUUGUGUUUAAUGCAACCAUUGAAAUAAUGUAUAUGCUAGGUAUGCUUUUAUAGAAACAGCGAUCGACUUAGAAAAUGGCUACUGUUAUAGCCAUUGAUCUGUCUGUCUCCAUGCUCAGAGACAUUAAAAUCAAAGAUACCAAAGAGUCCUUUACUCUUCUACAGUUGGCCACACACGGUGUCAAUGUUCUUUUGGACUAUUUAGCUGUACACUCCAGACUAGAGUUUGUGGCUGUUGUUACAUUUUCAUCCACUUGUGAUGUACUGUGUUCAUUUACCCGUGAUUAUGACUUGAUUAAAGCAAAAAUAUCACAGUUGGAGUUCAGAACUAACACAUGUUAUCCACCUGUAAUACAGACUAUUAAUUAUUUAGUCCAUAGUGAGUGGUCUAACUCGGUAACCUGUCAAGUUAUUAUGAUUACUGAUGGUAACUGUUAUGAAGGUCUUCGGAAACCAGAUAUAACUCCAUUUCUAUUUCCUGGAAAAUUAAUAGUUGUUCCCUUGGAACAAGUGUCAUCGCUUUACAAAAAUAAUUAUGACUCAAACAAACUUCCAAAUGGUCUUGGAUAUAUAACUUCACCUGAAUUGCCUUUAACUCCAUCAUCUGUUGCAAAAGUGUUUGAAAAAAUUGCUAAAGAAACAUAUGUACCUUAUAGUGCAGUGUUACGAUGUGGUAAUUUAAAGUCAGAUGUUCAUUUGAUCCCCCCUCCUAUGUCUUAUACAAAAGCUGCAGAUUUUGAAAUAAUUACUUGUUGCAUUUCAAGUGAACUAAGUAUAAUUGGAUUUCUAGAGUCCUCAAAAGUAGAAUGCCCAGCAACCUUAUCACGUCAUCUCGUUUUACCUCAACGCAUUUUAGAUGAAUGCUCAGAGACUAAUGAAGCAUUUGCAAAAACUCCAUCUUUUUGUGUGUUAUUACACGGAGCUUUAAAAGUUGAAAACAUGACAGCUGUUUGUCAGUUAAGCUCUAAUUGGUAUGGUUUAUUGGUUAGUUGGGCAGACAAUAAAAAAAAAUCAAAUUUAAUGUUAAUUAUUCUUGAACCUGGUACAAAUGCUAUUCCUUGGUUAGGUGAUAUUCGAAAUCUCACAUUAUCACCAACAGAAUUAAGCAAAUCAGAUGCAGAUGAAACACAACCAAGUAAAACUCCUGAUAAACGUAGUUAUAACCAGUCACAAUUGGUGUGGAUCAAAGAAGCUGGUCUUCAAGCAGAUAUUCAAAAAAUUUUAAGACAAGCAAGAAAGAUGCCAGAUAAAAUUCCAAGCUUUUAUAAGGAAUUAAAUCGAAUUCGUAAAGCUGCAAUCGCCUACAGCUUCAAUGACUUAUUAACCAGUAUUGCUGACUUAUUGGAACUAGAAUGCAGCAAUUUACCAGGUGGUACUCAUCCAGAUUGUGCACUACAAUUAACCCAUGCUGCUAUAGAAUUGCGAAAACCUCUUGCUAUGGAUCCCAAACUCACAAUCGUUCCUAUGACAACAAAAUAUGCUCAGCACGACCUUAUGUGAAAUUCAUUAAAUAACACAAUAUUUUAAAUUAUAAGUUAUAACUUAAUGAAUAAUGAUUAAUACAUGAAUAUGUUAUUGGAUUAUUACAUCUAAUUAGUUUAUACAAUUUUGUAUUUUAUAUAUGUAGCAAAAUGUCAAAUAUAUUUUUUUUAAUCUAAAACUA